ACGCUAACAACACAGCUGUGUUUGUUUACGUCUCCAAGCUGUGCCACACUGGCACAGCCACACACAGUGGCGGGACACAACUAAUAUUACUGAAGAUACAACAACACUACACAUCAAGUAUUCAUAAGGAGGACCAGAAACCUCCAUUUAAACUGGAGGGUGACACCAUGACUGAGAGAGACGUUCCAGCUAGCACUGAGCACCACACACCAUCCCCGAAGAUACAGCUUCCUGUCAUAGAAGAGCUGAACUUAUAUGUCAACUCUAAAAUAGCCAAAAUCAUAGCGACAGGGGUAGUGAUUUGUUUCAUCACAUACCACGGCUUCCUAAGAGCAGUUGAUGGUGGUGAUUCCUGCCAAAGAUUACUGUCAGAUGGAAGGUUUCAGGGUGCUCUGGUGUGGCAGCCCUAUGGCUGUAUGCUUCAUAUGUACUCCAAUACAGACAGUCGAAGAUGCAUGAGAUAUGUUGCUUUUCUCAAGCAAGACAAUCAUAUUUUAUUUGUGGGCGAUUCCAGAAUCAGACAGUUGUAUCUUGCCUUGGUCAAACAGAUUGCAGUUACACAUCCCAAGUUUUCCGAGACGCCGCAUGAAGAUAUGCGCUACAACGACACUAACCUGAGGCUUAAUAUUGAAUUUAUUUGGAGGCCACUGAUGGAUCAGCAUGUGGCCAAGCUUCUUAAUCAUUUAAAGAGAAGAAAGUCACUGCCCAAGCUGAUAGUGAUGGGAAGUGCCACUCAUGCCAUUAAGAAUUCUAAUGGUUCUGCAUUGGCUUUAGAAGAGUAUAAGAAAAACUUGACUCUUCUUUCAUCUGUCCUACACCAAAUAGGCAACAAAACCCAGUUGCUUUGGAUGUUGCAAGACCCAGUUGUACCUGAAAGACUGAAACCGGAGAGACUGGCCAUAACCAAUGAUCAGCUUGACCUUUAUAAUAUGGCUGCUAUGGAGGUCCUCUACAACACGAAGGUUCACAUAUGGUCCAGCUCACGUCUGGUAGCUCAGGGAAGCAUAGGAGGCUUUUCAGAUGGAAUACAUGCUGGAGAAGUAGCAAUAAAAUAUGAUACACAACUUGAAAUACGGAGAGAUGGCCAUAACCAUGUCAGCUUGACCUUAUCAAUAGCUGCUAUGGAGGAAAAACUGAUACAUUCAGUUUAUUCUCAUCUUCUUGAAUAUGUGUUUGUAUUAAACCAAUUUUACCCUUUGUUUUACAGUCCAAUUAUCUUGAUAGCAGUAGCUGUUAAACAGUGGUUGUGUGUUUCUACCCAUAUUAAUGGUAAGAACUCAACCUUAUCCUCUGCUGAUGCAGACACAGCACAACCACUUAUGGUGGGAGACAAAGAAAGCAAGAAGAAAAAUGAUCCAUCUUCUCAAGAUUUCUUGAUGGCUCUUGGAAAACUUGGUCUAAUCAUGGGAUAUUUUUUUUUAUGUGACAGGACGAGUUUGUUCAUGAAGGAGAACAAAUACUUCUCUCAGUUGAACUUUUGGUUGCCUCUUGGCUAUGUGUUUGCUCUGGGUCUCUUCUUCACAGAAGACACUUCUCAAACCCGUCUUCUGCAUCGUGAUAUGACAGAUGAAUGGAGAGGCUGGAUGCAACUGGUGAUUCUCAUUUAUCACAUGACUGGAGCCUCGCAGGUUCUGCCAAUUUACAUGCAUAUUCGUGUUCUUGUGUCCGCGUACCUGUUCCUCACAGGCUAUGGCCAUUUUUCUUACUAUUGGAGUGGAAGAGACAUGGGCAUUGUCCGUUACUGUCAGGUAAUGUUUCGAAUAAACUUCCUGGUGGUUAUACUUUGCCUGGUUAUGAAUCGACCGUAUCAGUUUUACUAUUUUGUACCACUGAUAUCAUUUUGGUAUACUGUGAUGCACAUUACUCUUCUCCUGCCACCUCGCAUCACUCGACCUUCACAUGCAAACUCUGAGGCAUCGCCGUUCAAUUACCUUUACAGCAUCAUCAAGUUUGUGGGCCUCGGAGGAUUUAUUACAGUUUUGUUCCUGUCUGAGGUUUUCUUCGAAAAAAUAUUUGUUAUGCGGCCUUGGAAGGCAUUGUUUGUCACAACUGAUGAUGAUAUUCAUGAAUGGUGGUUUCGGUGGCAGCUGGACAGAUACAGCCUCCUUUAUGGUAUGAUCUUCGCACUGUUGUACAAUGGUCUUGCACAGUACAGCCUUAUAGAUGACAAAAGUGGCUCAAAUUUAAUGGGUGGCAGAUUAGCCUUACUGGUAUCCUUCAUAGCAACAGUCUUCAUUGCUUCUUACUCCACUAUGACAUUGAUUUGCACUAACAAACCAGACUGCAAUGAGAUUCAUCCAUAUGUGGCGUGGGUGCCAAUCUUGGGUUUUAUUGUCCUGCGGAAUAUGGUGGGUAUUCUCAGGACUCGUUACUCCUCAUUUUUUGCCUGGUUUGGCCGCAUUUCUCUUGAAUUGUUUGUUUGUCAGUAUCAUAUAUGGCUGGCUGCAGACACACAUGGUGUUCUAGUUUUAAUACCUUCAUAUCCUGUUGCAAAUGUUCUUGUCACAUCAUUUAUAUUUAUAUGUGUUUGUCAUGAGAUUCAUCACAUCACUAAUAAAAUUACUCCAUUUUUGGUACCAAAUGAUUCUCUUAGGGCAGUGCGCAAUCUGAGUGUGUUUGGGUUUCUAUUAAUGGCCAUAGGUGUUCAUGAUGGUGUCUUUUAAGCCUUUUAUGAAACAUCAUCUUGGCAGCUAUGCUACCAGUAGGAAAUUAUGUAACUCCAGUAGCUACACUAGGAUAUAUUAUCAAGCUCUCUUUGGUAAUGUAAAGUUUUAGAUCUCAUAGUGAUGAUCUAAAGUUGUUUUGGAGUAUUGUUCCAUAUAUUUGUACUUUGUUUGAUAGUGCUAUUAGAUUGAUCAUUGUAACUUAAAAAACAGUAUUAUAUUUAUAUUGAAGUACAAUAUGUUUCAGGGAUAAAAUGAUCUUACAUUGUUAUCCCAUUCACUGCCUUAUCCAGUUUUCAGUGCAAACACAGUGCUGCACUGUUGCUUCUUUUAUACUCUUUCUGGUAAUGUUUUUAUGUUUGCAACAGCACCUUUGUUAACCCUUAAACUGUCCACAUGUUGAUCUACGUGCACGUGUGCAGUGCUCCGAACAUAGAUCAAUGUUUCAUUUUUCAUUCCUUCAAAUUUGGCGCUAGAGGCCUGAGUCGCCUAGACAUGAAAGAAUGGCGUCUGUGCACUCAGUGUGCACAGUAUGAAAAAAAUCGCGGGACCACUUAGUACCUUGUGGGAGCACCAGAUCAAUUGAGCGCCAGCUAGAGCAAAUAGCAUGGCAAACACCAGUGAUUUACUAUCAUGUCAUAUUAACACUCACAUUUUAAGAGGAAAGUAAAAACUAGGUUAGAUAAAUACAUGAGUGGGUGUGACUUGGACCUGACUAGCUUGUGCUACUAGGUUAGAUGCCAUGCUCCUUCCUUCAGUGGAUGUGACCUGACUAGGUGGGUCAUUGGUCUAAGCCCAGGGGGGGGGGUAACAUGGACCUGCCUUGCAUGGGCCAGUAGGCCUGCUGCAUUGUGCCUUCUUUCUUAUGCAUUCGGCUGACUGGCUGGCUGGCUUUAGCUGUCUCUGUCUGUCUAUAUCUCUGUCUGUUUGUCAAUAUCUCUGUCUAUCUGUCUAUAUCUCUGUCUCUCACAUGUACUCGUAAGUUCAGUUAUUAUACAUAAUGUAAAAUACUUAGGAUAACCCAAUUCCAGGCCAAGUGCUGUACAGUGUUUGUAGAUAUAAGACAUAAAUAAACAUGAUGCAAGUAAUAGCAAUGUCACUUGCUCAGCAAUCAAGGAGUGGCACAUAAACCACAAACCAACAGGUUUACUAGCUGCUUCCUGAGACAGAGACAAGCAGAUGGAAAGACAGACACACACAUGCAAACAGAAAGAUAAGCAGAACUAGACAGACAGAUAAGCAGAGCUAGACAGACAGAUAAGCAGAGCUAGACAGACAGACAGAUACAGAUAGACAGACAGACAGAUACAGAUAGACUAACAGACAGGCGUACAGAGACAUGUUUGUGUGCAACAGUAAAAACAUAUAAAGCCAAGGUUCCUGCAGCAGCACACAUUCAUCAAAUGUCACUUGCUAUCUGACACCUGUCAUAAUACCAUUCUUCAAGGAGUUUCAUACUCCAGCAUGUCUAAAACAUUGCUGGGACCUAUAAAUACUUUGUAUAUAUUUCUAGACAAUAGUAAAUGAUCACGGCAGGUGAAAAUGUUCACCUGUCAGUGUGAUUGUGACUAUUUGAGUAGUUUCAGUACAUAAUAUUAGUGUCAGAACAAAGAUUGGUUAUGAAAUCGCAAGAACUAUUAUAAAUUGUAAUUAUCAGAACAUAAAUAUUAUAUAAUUUUUAUUUCCUAUAAUAAAAAAAAACGCUAAACCACAAGGACUACGAGUCGCUCCCUGAUUCCUGAGCAAGUGAAAAUGCGUAUUACUUGUGUCAUGCUUAUUAUGCCUUAUGUCUACAAGCACUGUAUAGCACUCGGCUUGGAAUUUUUGGGUUAUCAUAGGUAAUUUACACUAUGUGUAAUAAUUGUACUUAUGUGUACCUGUGAGAAGCAGAGACAGAGAUAUAGACAGACAGACUGAUACAGACAAAGAGACAGCCAAAGUCAGUCAGCCAACCAGCCAGCUGGCUAGCCUGCCAAAUAUGUACAUUCUGGCAGGAUGACACUACCAGUGGUAUCAGAAAUGUAAGGAUGUUGCACAUGGGUUAUUAUCGAGGUUUUUUAUAUUUCCUUGACCACUUGUGGCCACAUUCAUCUCAAAGCCACUAAACUCUGGGUCAGCUUCACAUUCCUCUUAAAAGGAGAGUUUUAAUACGUCAUGAUAUCAGUGAAUCCGUGGUGUUUGCCAAGCUAUUUGUUCUAGGCACUCAACUGAACUGGUGCUCUCACAAGGUACUAAGUGGUCCCAGAUUUUUUUAAUACUGCACACACCAAGUGGUAAGACCCAUUCUAUACUGACCAGGCCAAUCAUGCCAAAUUUGGAGGCAGGAAAAAUAAAACGUAGAUCUACGUUUGGAGCGCUACGUGAGUGAACGUAGAUUUACUUUUUGACAGUUUAAGGGUUAACAGACUUUAGACUUGUCUUUUUAUUACACUGACUCUCCCACUAAGGUAGGGUGACCUGAAAAAAGAAACACUUUCACCACGAUUCACUCUAUUACUGUCUUGCCAGAGGCACGUAGGUAGUCAAGGCUCUUUCCAAGAUGUGUGUGGAACGAUCGAAAAAGCUGUGAAAUUCUUCAGUCAUCGUCAACAUCUGCUUCUCCUCAUCGGACAAUUCACGUGCUGGUGUGUACAGUGAUGAUUCAUAAACGAGGAACGCAACCAAUUUCUUACAUGCUGUGCUUUUUCAUUUCCAUUAAAAUUAUUAAUCCUG